CAAGAUGGAAGUGCCACAGUGUACUCAAACACUGUACAUGAAUGUGGCUCAGUCAAAUGUGAUGAUAGGGGACCCUGCGGUGGGCAUGGCCUGCGUGCAAGGAACAUUCCCCCUACGGCGAAUUUGCCUGAUUUGACCUAAUUCCUACAGCUUUCUACACUGAGACGGUUAUAAAAACCCCCUACUGCAUCACAUCAAGGCUGUCAUCUAACAUAUCCCCCAUUCACGCUACCCACUUCCGACGACAGGGAAGCAUAAUGGCGAAAUCCGCCAAGGACUUCUCAAACGAAGAGAACGACACGAACAUGAUUGAUACACCGAGAUUCUCGAAUACGGAGGACGAGAAUGCCGGCCUACUCCAUUCUCGUAAACCUUGUGACGACGAACGGCCCACCGGGGCCACUGGUCGUUUCCCGCGCUCUCAGUUGAUCAUUCUUACCCUAUUACUUUCGAAUGUCAUCUCUAUCGCAGUUGUUUUAAUUCUCGUCAUAUUCCACGGCCAGGCGUCUAAUCUCCCCGAGGCUCCUACAACGGUUGUUUACCCGCCGCAACCGAAGUGGCUCCCGCCCCAAAUCCCCGUGAAAAAGGUCUUGCAUGGGAAUAAACUAUACGGUCAGCCUCCGAACCCUGAAAGUGUUGAGGCGUGGAACAGUUUGCUGCCUAUUGGGCGGGGCUGGGUCACGGUCAAGAACGAAACUGCUCUGCCUGACUUGCCGGGGCUGAAUCAAUCGCUUCCGGAACAUCGGGCGUAUCCAUCAGUCUUUCAUCAAUUGCAUUGUCUUUACAGCACCAUGGACGCGUACUAUGAGCUGAUCGACCGCCUGAAUAAGAACGAGGCGGGGAAAAGAGAGUUGCCCACAGAUCCUGGUUGGAAUUCUGAGCAUCUCAAUCAUUGCUGGGACUACCUACGACAGACUAUCAUGUGUAAUGCGGAUGUGACGCUCGAGUGGCGCAAGUACAACGAACAGGUCGGGACGGGGUGGGGUUAUCAACACCAGUGCAAGGACUGGGAUGCGAUCAUUGCCUGGGCAGAGAAGUACAGGUACUCGAACAACUGGGGUAUUCUCAGAGGUGGAGGUGAAAGAAUCCCGCUACCAGGAUAAUCAGCGGAGCCACCCGAAACUCUAUUCGGAUCUCCAAACUCUACUUGAUAGGUUUAAGAUGUCCUCGAUUGGCCUGUAGCCAGGUGCCUUGCAAAGUCAAAGGGUCGUAUGCAUCAUGGCAGGUGAGCUGCGUCAAAAAGCAUCACAACAAGCUACCCAGUAGUAAGCGGCAACAGGACUUGUGUAACUCCGCGAUGAUUUGUCUUCAUCAUCAAGGAUGACCUCGGUGGGGGAUUGGACGAACAGGGGAGGGAUCAUAUCGAUGCAUCUACGAAGUAUCCGUAGUAAUUGAACGUAAAUGUGCCCAACGAAAAAGGAAACACGUAUUGAUAUUUCAGUUUAACAAAGUCAAAACAGAGUUUGAAC